AGACUAACAUAACACUGCAUGGCUCUCGCUGCUUUCGAUAGAAGGCGGAUCAAUGGCCCAGACGAAAGCUUUCCGCCUGUCUUUGACGAAUCCGAGUCGGCCGACACCUCGUACUCGUCUUGGACGGUAGGCGAAGCACGUCAAGGCCGACAACCACUCGACAUCCGACCAAUAUGUGCGCAGGUAGUUUUGAAGGCAGGACUCAUCAGUCAGGCUAACGGGUCAGCUUAUAUCGAGACUGAACGCACCAAAGUUGCAUGUGCGGUAUAUGGACCCCGUCAAUCAAAAAACACUGGGUAUAAUGAGAACGGGAGAUUGAACGUUGAAGUCAAGUUUGCUCCAUUUUCAUGUGGCAAGAGAAGGGCACCGCUUCGAGAUGCCGAAGAUCGAUCCAUCGCGGUCCUCAUACAACAAGCUCUGAUUCCCUCUGUCCGACUGGAGUUGCUCCCGAAAUCCGUUAUCGAUAUCUUCAUUACUGUCAUUGAAUGCGACGGAAUAGAAGGAUGUAUCGCCGUUGCAUCUGUAGCUGCCUCUACGGCACUGGCAGAUGCGAGAAUAGAGCUCCUAGGGUUAGCUGUCGCUUGUUCCGCCUGUGUAGUAAACAGGGAAAUUUGGCUGGACCCAACAGAAGAAGAGGGCCAUCUGGCAGAAGGCAGCUUGGUUUUCGCCUGUAUCCCUGCCUUGGGUAUAGUCACCAACACAUGGCAGACAGGGCGUAUCCUGCCGCAGGACACAUUGCAGUGUCUAGAGUCUUGUCAGGAGCGUUGCACAGAUAUUCACCAGAUUGUUUCUCGAGCUCUUUUAGAUAGUGCAGAAAAAUCAAUUACAUGAGUCAUGGUUCUUAUCAUCU